CCUUUGGCAGCAGGUGUUUCCUUCCUGACUUCCCUUUUUACAUUCUGGUUCCGGUGCCACUUGUCCCUGUGUCACCCACCCUGCCCCUCUGCUUCCCCCAGCUCGGACUCUGAAGCCUGGCUUGGUCUGGGGUGGAGGUGCAACUGGCUCCCAGAUCCUGGCCCUGGAGCUUAGCCAAGGCCCUACUAUUCACACUGCUGCACGUCUGAGCUCUGGCUGGGCAGUCUGAACUGGAAGGGGUGAGAGCGUGGGUGGGGCGGGGUAUCAACCCUUUCAACUGCGAAUGGGAGGGAGGAAGGGUGAAAAACUACUAGUUGUCUCACCAGCUGCCUCCCAAAGUUGGGGUUCUAGGAAAACUAUAGUGAUUGGGAAGUGUUGAAGAGGAGGCGGGCCAGGAAGACGGGGCGGGGCCGGGCCAGGGCCUCCCAAGGCAAGAGGUGAGGCUGUGCGUGCCGCCCCGCCCCUCGGCCGCCCUCCCGCCCGCCCUCCCCGGGGAAGGGCCACGUUGCCAGCCGGCUGCCUGGCCCCGGCGCUGCAGGAAGGGCCGGCCGGGUGAAAGGGGUGGCGCCAAGGGAGCACCCGGGCACCACUGGCCUGCGGCUUGCUCUCUGCCUCUUGGGCGGUCAAGUCUGGGGUCGAGAAGUUGGGAGGAUCUGGGCCCUGGGAAAAUUGUCCCUUUUUCAUCUAGACACUGGGGACCUUGGAGUUGAUCCAAAUCAACCCUGUCACUCUGCAGAUGAGGGAACUGAGGCACACGUGGGAUCAGGUACAUGGCUGCUUUCUAAUCCUGUAACAAAGGGAGCAUCUCCAGGAUUGUGAGAGAGUGCAGCAGGUAAGCUGACGGCAGCCUCAAGUCCCACCUUUGCCUGCCCUCCCCCGUGGGGGCCAGGAUGCUGAAGAAGCAGUCUGCUGGGCUUGUGCUGUGGGGAGCUGUCCUCUUUGUGGCCUGGAAUGCCCUGCUGCUCCUCUUCUUCUGGACGCGCCCAGCUCCUGGCAGGCUGCCAUCAGACAACGCUCUCGAUGAUGACCCCGCCAGCCUCACCCGUGAGGUGAUCCGCUUGGCUCAGGAUGCCGAGGUGGAGUUGGAGCGUCAGCGGGGACUGUUGCAGCAGAUUAGGGAGCAUCAUGCCCUGUGGAGCCGGCGGUGGAAGGUGCCUACUGCAGCCCCUCCUGCUCAGCCGCAUGUGCCUGUGACCCUACCACCAGCUGUGAUCCCCAUCCUGGUCAUUGCCUGUGACCGCAGCACCGUCCGGCGCUGUUUGGACAAGCUGCUGCAUUAUCGGCCUUCAGCUGAGCUUUUCCCCAUCAUUGUGAGUCAGGAUUGUGGGCACGAGGAAACAGCCCAGGUCAUUGCUUCCUAUGGCAGUGCAGUCACACACAUCCGGCAGCCUGACCUGAGCAACAUUCCUGUGCAGCCUGACCACCGCAAGUUUCAGGGCUACUACAAGAUUGCGCGUCAUUACCGCUGGGCACUGGGCCAGAUAUUCCACAAUUUCAACUACCCAGCAGCUGUGGUUGUGGAAGAUGACCUGGAGGUGGCACCAGACUUCUUUGAAUACUUCCAGGCCACCUACCCUCUGCUGAAAGCAGACCCCUCCCUGUGGUGUGUAUCUGCCUGGAAUGACAAUGGGAAAGAACAGAUGGUAGAUUCGAGCAAACCAGAGUUACUCUACCGCACUGACUUCUUUCCUGGCCUAGGCUGGUUACUGCUGGCCGAGCUCUGGGAUGAACUGGAGCCUAAGUGGCCCAAAGCUUUCUGGGAUGACUGGAUGCGCCGGCCUGAGCAGAGAAAGGGGCGAGCUUGUGUGCGCCCAGAGAUCUCAAGAACGAUGACCUUUGGCCGGAAGGGUGUGAGCCAUGGGCAGUUCUUUGACCAGCAUCUCAAGUUCAUCAAGCUGAACCAGCAGUUUGUACCCUUCACCCAGCUGGACCUGUCAUACUUGCAGCAAGAGGCCUAUGACCGUGAUUUCCUCGCUCGUGUUUAUGGUGCUCCUCAGUUACAGGUGGAGAAAGUGAGGACCAAUGAACGGAAGGAGCUAGGAGAGGUGCGAGUACAAUACACAGGCAGGGACAGUUUUAAGGCCUUUGCCAAGGCCCUGGGUGUCAUGGAUGACCUCAAAUCAGGGGUGCCCAGGGCUGGAUACCGGGGCAUUGUCACCUUCCAGUUUCGGGGCCGCCGUGUUCACCUGGCACCCCCAAAGACCUGGGAUGGCUAUGAUCCUAGUUGGACUUAGCAGCUUCUGUUUGUUCCUCGUGAGCUCCUUCGCUGCCAUUUCAUGAGCUAAGGGUACUCCCUGGGCUGUAUCAUGUUUUCUGUCUCCUUGAGUUCCUUUUUUCUUUUUCCUUCUGAGUGACAUUUUUGAGUGCACAGAUGAUAAGCUGAGGUGGAGGAUUCUUUUGUUCUCAAGAAAGUUAGAUCUGGGUAUCCAUUCUAUAGUCUGUUGUGGUGCAUUAAGCAGAAAACCACUGUGUGAUGUGAUUGGAGAUGAAUGGGCUGUUGCGGGCCAGAAAUGUCCCUUUGCUGAUUUUUUUUUUCUCCUAGAUCAUCUGCAGAGGAGUUAGCAACUUUAGUUUUUUUGAUCAGCCCUUCCCUCUUAGUCUUCCAGCCAGAACACUAGCCCUCUUGUUCUGUUCUUUUUACCUUCCACUUAGGAGUCUGAACUGCAGAAGUGGACGUAGUUGUGGCUAGGAAGACAGAAACCAGAGGGACACCACUAUGAGGGUCUGUGUACUGUUAGGAGGCUGUCAGGGAUAAUGCCUCCUGUUCUUUCCUGAUUUCUGACCUCUGUCUUUUCAACCUGGCAUGUUUUGGUUCCAGGAUAAAUGGAGGGAAAAGCAGAACCUCUCAUCACUUCAUGCCUACUGAAGGGGAGGUGGGCUAGUGGAAGGUGGUGGAAGCUGAAAGGAUACCAUCGCAAGGAGAUAUUCUUUGACCCCUUCAUUUCUGAAAUAGUCCCCUUCCUCCCUGUUGCUUUUGCAGGGUAUCAUGUUGGUCGGUUCCCUAUGGUCCUUCCUCCCUGAGUUUUGUGCACAGGCUGCUUCGUAAAAGCUGUGGCUUCUGCUAACCCUCUUG